AUGCACCCCCCUCACCUCCAUCUGUCUCCAUCCCAGGUCUCCCACUACAGGCCAUCGAUCCUUUACUCCCAAAAGCCACUCCCUCGAGACCAAGAGCCUCAACCACCUCCUGUGAUUCCAAGGCAAAUACAUCCCCACACCGACACUCGACCACAAACACACCUCUCCUCACACGACGUUGCACCACCACAGCUAGCUCCUCCUGCUGCUUCUCGGGCGACUGAUGCUACCCCUCCUCCUGCUCUCCCUCCUCCUUCGGCCCCGUCUACUGCUGUGGGUUCUGCUGCCAACUCACCAUUCUCCCUCUGCCCUCCCUCCACCCCACCUUGCCUCACCCCAUCGUGCCUAUCCCCUUCUUGUAAGUGA